AUGAUGUUUCUGAAACAUGCAGGUCGCGCGCUGGCACUGCUGUUCACCGUAGCACUACUAGCCCGUGGAGCCGAAUUUGAAGAAGAGGACGACGUUUUGGUCCUGACCGAGAGCAACUUUGAUGAGGCCGUAUCAGGCCACGAUACGCUUCUAGUCGAGUUCUAUGCGCCGUGGUGCGGCCACUGUAAACAAUUAACGCCCGAAUAUGCAGCAGCGGCCACGAAUCUCAAGCAGUUGGAGAAACCUAUUCGUCUUGCCAAGGUGGACGCUACAGCUGAGGCCCAAUUGGCCGAGAGGUUUUCCAUUCGUGGGUUCCCUACUCUCAAGUUCUUCAAGGGUAAUGUGGAGGCCGUCACGGACUUCGAUGGUGGUCGUACGGCACCGGAGAUUGAAAAGUGGGUCAUCAAGAAAUCUGGUCCUGCUGUUACGAUCAUUGAAACUGUUGAGCAGCUCGAAGAGAUUAAGGAGAGUAAUGAUGUGGUUGUGUUUGCCGUGGUCGACGCUGUGGACGGUGAGGCACGCAAGAUGCUGGAGAAGCUAGCUGAUGCGGACGCCAUUGCCGUAUACGUGGCGUCCACUAGUACGGACGUUACGGAGGACGCUGCUGCUGUGAACAAGGUGGUGGUGUACAAGAAGUUUGACGAAGGCAAAGUUGUAUACGAUGGAGAGUUUGAGGCCGAGUCUUUGGGCAAGUUUAUCAAGUCCAAUAGUCUACCGCUUGUCAUCACGUUCACGAAGGACAAGGCCAGUAUGAUCUUUGGUGGUGAGAUGAAUGAGCACGUGUUGCUCUUCGUAGACCCGAGCAAGGACUAUAUGGAUGGCAUUGAAGCUGCUUUAAAGACGCCGGCUGAUGCCAACAAGGGCAAGUUGCUACACGUUAUUAUCCCCAACAGUGAGAAACAAAUUGUGGAGUACUUUGGUCUCACGGAUGAGGACAUGCCUGCUGUCAUCUUGGCGCACAUGGGCGGAUCCAUGAAGAAGUACGGCUUUGACUACAAGGGGGAUGAUCUUGUUGCUAAGAUCGGAAAGGGUUUUGCCGAUGACCUGGCCGCUUUUGAAAAGAGCUACAUUGAAGGCAAACUGACGCCCGAGCUUAAGUCUGCCGAACCUGAGGACGACAGCGAUGAAGCCGUGAAGAUUAUUGUGGGUAAGGAGUUCCAGCAGCGUGUGAUUGAUAACGAGAAGGAUGUGAUGCUUGAGUUCUAUGCUCCGUGGUGUGGCCACUGCAAGUCUCUUGCUCCCAAGUACGAGGAGCUGGCCGAGGAGUUUGCGGACGUGGAGAGCAUCAUGAUUGCCAAGAUGGACGCCACUGCUAACGAGAUUGAUCACGAUGGUGUGGACGUUCGUGGCUUCCCGACGCUAAUCUUUUUCCCUGCCAAUGAUAAGCAGAAUCCGAUUGUGUACGAAGGCUCGCGUGAUGUGGAGGGUAUCUCAGAGUUCCUGAAGAACAACGCGCAAAAGUUCGAGCUUGACGGCGCGGAGUUUGGUGUGAAUGAGGAUGGCGACGAGGUUGAGCAGGGAGAGAAGGCGGAUGCCUUGGAAGAAAAGGAGGGUGCUGAGCACGAAGAGCUGUAG